AUGCCCAUUUCAUUAUCUAUCUAUCUAUCUAUCUAUCUAUCUAUCUAUUUUUCUAUCUCAUGUAUAGAUCUAUCGAUUUUAUCUCUCUAUCCAUCCAUCUAUCAUUAUCUAUCCAUCUAUCUAUUAUCUAUCAUUCCAUCUAUCUAUCUAUUUCAUUUAUCUAUCUAUCAUCCUUUUCCAUUCCAUUUAUAUACCCCGCCCUGCCUCAUCUAUCUAUCUAUCUAUCUAUCUCCCAUCUACAUUUCAUCUAUCCAUCUAUCUAUCUAUCUAUCCAUCUAUCUAAUUCCCUUUAUCUUGCUCAUUUCAUAUCUAUCUAUCUAUCUAUCUAUCUAUCUAUCUAUCUCUAUCCUAUAUACCUGCGUAUUUUCAUUAUCCAUCCAUUUAUAUAUCCUCAUUCCAUGUUAUCUAUCCCCUAUUUCUAUCUAUCUAUCUAUCUAUCUAUCCAUAUCCUAUCUAUCUAUCUCAUUUGGUUUAUGUCUGUCUAUUUCAUCUCCCUUCUAUCUAUCUAUCUAUCUAUCUAUCUAUCUAUAUAUCCAUCCCAUUUAUACCCUUUUUCUUGGUCAUCUAUCUAUCUAUCUAUCUAGUUCUAUCUAUCUAUCUAUCCUAUCCCAUCUAUUUAUACCUGCCUAUUUCAUUAUUAGUUUCUAUCUAUCUGUCCAUCUGCAUAUUUCAUUGUCCAUCUAUCUAUCUAUCAUGUUUCUAUCCCAUUCCUUUUAUCCAUCCUAUCUAUCUAUCUAUCAUCCAUCCAUCUAUCCAUCCCAUUCCUUUUGGACCUGCCUAUUUCAUCAUCCAUCUAUAUCUAUCCAUCCCAUUUUUAUACCUGCCCAUUUCAUUAUCUAUGAAUCUAUCCAUCUAUCUUUCUAUCUCAUCCCCCUACAACCCGCCCAUUUCAUCAUCUAUCCCCCAUCUAUCAUCCCAUCCACCUAUUGCCUAUUAUCAUAUCUAUCUAUAUCUAUCUAUAUAUCUAUCCAUCUCAGAACAAUCUAUACCUGCCCAUUUCAUUUAUCCAUCUAUCUAUCGCUUUUUCCUUUAUUUAAAGAACGUUUCAUUAUCUAUCCAUCUAUCCAUUAUAUCUAUCCAUCUAUCUCAUUCUAUUAUUUACAUAGUGGAUUUCAUUAUCUAAAUAUCUAUAAUAUCUAUCCUAUCCCUUCUUAUUUCAUUCAUCUAUCCAUCAUUCCCAUUUUAUUAUAUUCAUCUAUCUAUUUAUCUAUUAUCUAUCUAUCUCAACAAUAUAUCUCAUCCAUCCAUUCGCCAUUAUAUUACCUAUUCAUCUAUCUAUCCAUCUAUCUAUCUAUCUAUCCAUAUAUCUAUCCAUCUAUCUAUCCUGUUUAUUUAUAUAUAUAUCAUAUCUAUCUAUCUAUCUAUCUAUCAUAUCUACCUCAUUCCAUAUUAUAUCUGCCUAUUUCAUUAUCUACAUCUAUCUAUCAUUCAUUAUAUAUAUCUAGUCAUUUUCUAUAUCUAUCCAUCUAUCUAUCUAUCAUUUCCUUUAUACAUGCCUAUUUCAUUCUAUCUAUCUAUCUAUCUAUUCAUCUAUCCUAUCCAUUUCAUUCACAUCUAUCCAUCCAUCCAUCCAUCCAUCUAUCCAUUAUCUCUAUCCCUGUUUUCCAUUAUCCAUCCAUAUCCUAUCUAUCUAUCUCAUUCUAUCUAUCUCAUUCCAUUAUCCAUUAUCCAUCCAUCCAUCCCAUUCCCAUUUUGCCCAUUCCAUCAUCCAUCCAUCAUCCAUCCAUCCAUCCCAUCCAUCCUCCAUCCAUCAUCUACCAUCUAUCCAUCUAUCCAUCCAUCCAUCCAUCCAUCCAUCCAUCCAUCCAUCCAUCCAUCCAUUUCCAUCUAUCCAUCUAUCUAUCCAUCCAUCCAUCCAUCUCCCAUCCUCCAUCCAUCCACAUCCAUCUAUCCAUCCAUAUAUCCCAUCCCCUUUAUCCAUCCAAUUCCCAUUAUCUAUCUAUCUAUCCCAUAUCUAUCUAUCUAUCCAUCUAUCCCAUCCAUUUAUCCAUCCAUCAUCCAUCCAUCCAUCCAUCCUAUCUAUCUCAUUCCCAUUACCUAUCUAUUUCAUCCAUCUAUUAUCCAUCUAUCUAUCUAUCUAUCUAUCCAUCUAUCCCAUUAUAUCUAUAUGUAGUCCAUUUCAUCCAUCCAUCCAUCCAUCUAUCCAUCCAUCUAUCAUUUACAUCGUGCUUAUCUAUCCAUCCAUCUAUCUAUCUAUCUAUCUAUCUAUCCAUCCAUUCAUUCAUUUAUCUAUCCAUUCAUUUCAUUCAUAUCCAUCUAUCUAUCUAUCCAUCUAUCUCAUCCUUUAUCUAUUCAUAUUAUCAUAUCCAUCCAUCUAUCUAUCUAUCUCAUCUAUUUAUUCAUCUAUUUCUAUAUUAUCUAUCUAUUCAUCUAUCCAUCCAUCUAUCCAUCUAUUACAUCCUGUUUUUAUUAUUCAUCCAUCUAUCUAUCUAUCCCAUAUAUUGCAUCUACAUCAUCUAUCCAUCCAUUCCAUCCAUCCAUCUAUCUAUCUAUCAUCCAUCCAUUCCAUUUAUCCAUCUAUUUCAUUAUCUAUCUAUCUAUCUAUCUAUCUAUCUAUUUAUACCUGUCCAUUCUCAUUUCAUUCAUAUAUAUAUCUAUCAUCCAUUCAUCUAUCUAUCUCAUUCCCUUUAUCUAGCUAUCUAUCCAUCUAUCCUAUCUAUCUAUCUAUCCAUUAUCUAUUCAUAUCUAUCUAUCUAUUUCAUUUAUCUAUCUAUCUAUCUAUCUAUCUAUCUCAAGAGAGAUUUCAUUAUUAAAAUAUUUCACUAUCUAUCUAUCUAUCUAUCUAUCCCAUUCCCUUUAUACCUGCCUAUUUCAUUAUCUAUCUAUCUAUAUAUCAUAUCCAUCAUUCCUUUAUACCUGCCUAUUUCAUUAUCUAUCUAUCUAUCUAUCUAUCUAUCUAUCCAUCUAAUUUCCUUUAUACCUGCCUAUUUCAUUAUAUUAUCUAUCUAUCUAUCCAUCAUCUCCUCCCCUUUACACCUGAUUAUUUCAUAUAUUAUCUAUCUAUCUGUAUAUGAACGGAAACUAUCUAUCUAUCUAUCUAUCUAUCUAUUAUAUAUUAAUCUGAAAUCCAUCUAUCUAUCUCAUUGCCUUUUUCAUGCCUAUUUCAUUAAAUAUCUAUCUAUCUAUCUAUCCAUCCAUCUAUCCCAUUUUUUUAUGAAUAUUUCAUUUAUCUAUCUAUCUAUCUAUCUAUCUAUCAUUUCCCUUUAUACCCGCCUAUUACAUUAUCUAUCUAUCUAUCUAUCUAUCUAUUUAUCUAUCUAUCUCAUUUCCUUUAUUAACGUCCAUUUCAUUAUCUAUCUAUCUAUCUCCCUAUCUAUUUAUCUAUCCAUCUAUCCCAUCUUUCUAUCUAUCUAUUAUAUAUCUCAUACAGAUCUAUCUAUCUAUCUAUCUAGAAUAUUCCCUGAAUUAUGCUACACAUUCAUCUAUCUAUCUAUCUAUCUAUCUAUCUAUCUAUCUAUUUCAUAUCCCUAA